UGCGGGGAGGGGCGACGCUGAUACCGUGCAUUGGUAAACAUCAUUACUAGGCCAGCUCUCUGAGCAGACAGCAACGUUCAUAGACCCGGUUCAAGCUUAUUCGAGUGUACACCGAAAUAGUCCUAGUAUCCUUUUGGUAAUUGUACUGUUGAAAUGUCAAAUCUCCUCGAAGUUGAGAUGGCGAACUUUUUGGCGUUUCUGGGAGCUCAAAGACCCAAGCCAGAUUCAGUGUUUCUACUCGUCAUGGGAGUGACAGGGUCAGGAAAGAGCUCGUUCAUUGCUGACUGCACCGGGCGAAAUGAUGUAUGCGUUGGACACGACCUAGCUUCUUGCACCAACUCCGUGGCGAUAUUUCGUGCUGAGCUGCACGAUCGCGAUGUUUAUCUCAUCGACACCCCUGGAUUUGAUGAUACGAAUCGAGAAGACGUCCAGAUUCUCACGGCAGUGGCACAUUAUCUUUCAGUAUCAUACGCCAACAAUGUGUCAAUUAAUGGCGUUCUGUAUCUUCAUCGGAUCUCCGAUACGAGAAUUGGAUCUUCAACCAGACGUAGUCUAGAGAUGAUGAAAGCUCUUUGUGGGGAAGAUGCAUUCGAGAACGUUGCAAUUGUUACCACUAUGUGGUCCUCUAAUCAUUGUGAUGCUGAAUACGCCAAACAGUGCAGCAGAGAAAGAGAACUUCGAGACACUCACCUCUUUGACAUGCUGGAAAGAGGUUCACAGGUUGUCAAUCAUAACCGGUACCAAAGACCAUCACAGAGAUGUUCAUCUGCGAAGGAAAUUCUUACCAUGAUGGUAGACUCAUGGAAGGAUACGAAGGUCACGUUACAAAUCCAACAUGAGAUGGUAAAUCUCAACUUGAUCCUAAAAGAGAGUUCGGCGGGGAAAGUCCUCGAAGAAGACAUAAAGCGGCACCAGAGUUCAUUUACAAGCGAGUUAGAAACUCUAAGGGUUUCUGGAGAGAGAUUUGAUCCACAGGGGCAUAGAACAGCUGAUACUUUGCUAAGAAGCCGAGAUUCAGAGAUUCGAAAGAUGCUCGCCGAAAACAACCAGGCUCUAGAUGCCAUGAGAUUGUCUUUACUUGAGAUUCACAAGAAGCAAGAACAACGGUUCAUUGAACAAGUCUCCAUGAUGCAAAAAAAGUGGAGAGAUACACUAAAAGAAAAGGAGGAAGAGUGCCGUCUCAAAGAACUCGAGUAUCGUAAUCUCAGCCUCUGCAGACAAGAAGAAGAGAUGAACGGAAGCAAGAGGGAGGUACAAGAAAACCAGGUGAACACAAGAAGACUAGUAGCUGCAGAGAAUGCUCUCGCAUACGAAAGAGAAGCAUUCAGCGAACUAGCUAGACAAGGCCACCGACAGCUAGCUGAGCUUCAGCAUGUCAAUCGGCAGCAGCAUGAUGAAUUAAUGAAAGCCAAGCGACGCGACCGGGUUUUGUAUGAAGAGCUGGAAAGGAUGAGGUCGGAUCUGAAAAAACUCAGGAGAGAGACCCAAUCCAACUUGAAUACCACCGAGAAGGCCAAGAUUGAAUGGGUCGGACCCCUGAUUCAGGGCGUCGUGACGGGAGGAAUCGGGAUAGUUGGUACAUGCAUCACAGCUGGGAUGCUCUGCUGUGUCCAAUGACGUGAAAAGCAUUGGUAAUCGAGCUGCCCGAUAUCCAGGGGGGGUCCGUGUUGAGAGCUCUGAGAAACUUUCCAUGUCUUAAUUUGAAGCAGCAAGAAACCCUUUCAUCCCACUCAUUCAGUUCGCCUAGUAGCUGGAAAUUAAGGCAAGCAAGGCAAAGGACGUAGUCGAUAAUUAGGUCUCUUUGGGCGAAAUCCAUUUACGUAGCCUAGGUUAUUCUUAUCGAUAAAGCUGUAUCAAAGGAAUAAAACAGCAUAGGCAGUCUUGGCAAUCUUGGAUAGCAGAUUUGCGGAGCCAAUGUCAGUCGUGACCUAGGGGCUCGACAACUAGAAACUGUUGAAUGAGGGCUUUAACAAACAUAACAACCACUUCAAGCGUGACUUUAAGACUGUUCUUGGUUACUUCAAGCGAGGAAUUGAGCGAGGUCACUUUU